CAUUAUCUUGCAAGUUACAAAGAUUUUCAAUUAACAUUUUCCCAUAACGUAUUUUUUUAUUAGCAAGUAAAGUAUAUAGUAAAGAGAUCAUGUGACAUUUUGUAAAUUCUUAUAAACAAACACCUGAAAACAAAUCAAACAUAACCUAGUUACUGAACUAAUAGGGGAAGAAUGAAUUUCGAUUUCCAAUAUGGUGGUGUGUAAAUAUUUUAUGGAAGGCUAUUGCAAGUAUGGAUCAAGAUGUAAAUUUGAACAUUUAGGUCCUUAUGACAGAAGAUAUGAUAAUCAAGGCAAUACUGACUAUUCUACUGGAGAUAGACAAACAGGAAUAUCAAUUUUGAAAGGUGGCAAUACUUCGUUUGGUAAUAAAGAGUUUGAGAAUAGCUUCAUUACACAGAGUAACCAGCAAAUCAGUUUUACUCAGUCGGUACAAGUGACAAGUCCUGGCUUAAAAUACAACAUACAAGAAAUAAUGCAAAUUAUUUUGAAAGAUAUUGCCCACCUGGAGAAGGGCAGUCAGUGGCAGUUGUCAUCGUAUUGCCCACUCAAGGACUUGACCAACAUGCCCGGCCUGGAGGAUCAGUCCCCUGAAGAACUACGGUGGGAAUGUUACAGAGCGUUACAAAAUGGCACACUUCCUUUGUAUCAAGCAUUUGUACAACAGUUGUAUAUGCAAGUAGCAAAAAUGUACAAUGAUUUGAAGAAGAAGGAAACUGGAUAUACAAUAAUUGAGAGGUGGUUACGUGAAGGUCAAGCCAGUUAUGCUCCCACACAGAACAAUUUACCUCCUUCGUUGGGACAAACCGGUUUUACCGAUGCGCCACAGAUGUUUCCUCCUGUCAAUACACAAGCAGUGGUGAACAGUUCGUUCUCAUUCGCUCUUCCUCAGCAAGAACCCGCCGGUGUCCAGACGUAUCAACCAGGCACCUCAGUGUUUGGAGGGAACCAAGGACAGCAGCUGUGGUCUAACAGUACACCCGUAGACAGCUCUGCUUACACGCCACUAGAGGAAGUGUCCGAAAGAGAGCUAGAAGCAUUUAAGGCAGAGAAGUUUGUCUUUGGUGCUAUUCCAAUAAGACCACCACCGAAGGACCUAUGUAGAAUAUAAUCUAAGUAAAUGUAAUGUAAUUUUCGUUUGUAUAAUUAUAGAGAGUGUUUAUUCUUAAA